AUGAGUCCUUCAUCUCCUCCGGCUGCGGGGAAUAUCCGCUCGCUCGACUUCGAUGCCAACCACAGUGUGCGGUCACGAGAGAGCCAACGGAGCUUGCUGGACGAUGAUGUUGACUUCAUGGACGAGGUGGCUACUGGUAUAAUUGAGCGCGACCGCAAGAGAAUGCGCACGGAAGUCUUGCGCAUCGUGAGCUUCACAUGCGCGGUACUGAGCUGCCUCUGCGCCGGUUCCAUUACAUCGUACUCGCUGUAUGCGAACCGCUUCCUGACAGACCUACACUACACUCAAUAUCGCAUCAACAUCGUGUCCAUCACAGCCGAGCUGGGGUUGUACUUGUUGGUGCCGGGCUGGGGCUACAUCUGCGAUCGAUUUUCACCACCGCCGCUAUCGCUACUUGCAUCGCUGUUGUUCGGAUCGGGGUAUUUGCUGGCCGCCUAUAGCUACAGAUCUGGACCGCCACAAGAUGCAGGAGGGGAUGGAUGGCCGUUCGGUGUCAUGGUCCUUGCAUUCUUUUUUAUUGGCGCAGGCACCAGUUGCAUGUACCUGUCUGCGGUCGCAACGUGCGCAAAGAACUUCGCCGAGUCCAAAUACCGAGGCUUCAUGCUAGCCGUUCCGAUUGCUGCAUUUGGACUAAGUGGCAUGUGGCAAAGCCAGGUUGGGGCGCAGCUGCUAGCAGAGACACACGAGGAUGGCAGUAAGGGCGACUUGAACGUCUUCCGCUACUUCGUAUUCCUCGCUGGAUUACUUUUCGCCGUGGGCAUAGUAGGCUUUCUUGGGCUGCGCAUCGUCGACGAAGAGUCACUGAUCGACCAUGGCGUGGAUCAGAUGGAGCGCAGUGGGCUUCUGGACGAGUCUGAGUUCUUCCGCGAGUCAAGACGGGCUUCACGUGCUCGGCAGAUCUACGGGACUGUCGAGCCUGAUGGUUCCGAGACGGAGGACGAUGAAGAGGCGGGGGAAAUCUCCCUUUCGGAAUCGCAAGUACUGCGCAAGCAAGAGGAAGAUGAGCGACUCAAGGAGAAGAAGGUGUGGCUUCUCAAUCACGCGACACACGCAUUUCUUACGGAUCGAACAAUGUGGCUGCUUGCGGCUGGUUUCUUCCUGCUCACGGGACCUGGGGAAGCAUACAUCAACAAUCUGGGAACUAUCAUACCAACUUUGACACCACGAAAGUAUUUCGACGUGGCCAAUCCGCCAGCCGGCCACGCUGCAACGCAUGUCAGCAUAAUUGCUCUCACGUCGACAAUCGCAAGGCUGUUCACAGGAUCGUUGUCCGACCUUUUUGCGCCACCUUCGAAUCCAGAAUACCCUCCGUCAGCGCGAUUUACGUUGUCGCGCCUGGCACUGCUUCUGCCGUCGGCUGGCAUUCAGCUCUUGGCGUUCGUCGUUCUUGGUUUGCCAUUCUUAGUGCUACAGACACCGUCAUUAUUCCUGCUUUCCUCAGCUCUGCUUGGGACAGGUUAUGGCGCGUCAUUCUCACUCGUCCCAAUCAUAAUUAGCGUUGUCUGGGGUGCAGAAAACUUUGCUACGAAUUGGGGCAUCGUUGCCAUGAUGCCAGCAGGCGGCGCUGCGAUAUGGAGCAUUGUAUACAGUGUGGGCUACUCAAAAGCUAGCGGUGAUAGCAAUGAGUGUCGAGGCUACAACUGCUUUGGGGCAUGGACUUGGGGUUGUGUCGCGAGUACCGCGAUCGCCAUAGUUCUACUGUCCUUCGCAUGGCGGACUUGGAGGAGGCGAGCGGUAGCUGUCUAG